AUGUUCUCGCAUUUCGAUUUACUCCUGGGUCCGGCACCACAGGAUCCUUCCCCGCAUGAUUCACAAGUCAUCAAUGCGUGGACGAGUUUUCCGCAAACUGGCUCCGUACUUGACAACGAGUCCAUUUCUGAUGGAGAGCAAGGAUGGGAGUCGGUGUUGGAUGUUUAUGAGCCAAUUCCAGAAGGGAAGAAUCUGGUCAUCGACCGAAUCUUGACUCGCCCGGACGCAGAGCAACUUUUGGACACACUUCCAACUCUACUACUGCAACCACACGGGCAAGACAUAUCCGGAGAAGUCGCAGAAAUAAUCGGUUAUGAUGAUAUGGACCUUGUCCUGGAGAUUCUGGAGUCGCGGGAAGGAGUAGGAAAACAGCUUGACGAUCUUAAAAAAUCGCGUGCCAAAUCCACGAAUCAUUCUGUCGAUUAUUCGAGCCUCUCUGAAGAGGAUGCACGUCGGCGAAUGGAAGAAAGCUUCCGCAAAAACGCCGCUCGACCUUUGUUUUCGGGUGUUGCAGAAGCUGCGCCCGAAGUCCUCCCUCAUAUAUAUACGUCCUCUUCAAUGGUACAAGGGAACGUGCUUUCGCAGUUUGGCACUCGAUAUCUGCUACCUAUGGGAACAACUCGAGAAACUCAUGACGUAUACGAGGAAGUUGUUAUACCUCCCGCUAGGCCGGUUCCUCCUCGAGCCACUGAGCGACUGAUUCCCGUGACCGAGCUAGACCCUUUGGCACAAGGCUCUUUUACCGGCUACUCUGCGUUGAACCGCAUCCAAUCGAUCGUUUAUCCCACUGCCUACGGAUCCAACGAAAACAUGCUCGUCUGUGCACCAACUGGCGCGGGCAAAACAGAUGUUGCCAUGUUGACUAUCCUGCGGGUGUUAGACCAACACCGAACACCGUCUUCUGGGUCCGUGUCUAUUGCUUCAACGAUCAACAGGAAUUCGUUCAAAAUCAUCUACGUUGCUCCGAUGAAGGCUCUCGCAUCGGAAAUCGUUCGAAAAUUCAGCAAACGCCUCAAAUGGCUCUCGAUCCAAGUUAAAGAGCUCACCGGCGACAUGCAACUGACCAAGGCUGAGAUAGCUGAAACACAAGUCAUCGUCACAACUCCCGAAAAGUGGGAUGUGGUCACAAGAAAACCAACGGGAGAAGGAGAGCUUGCAAGCGCUUUGAGCCAGAACUCUUCGCCAGGCACGCUAUUUCUCUUUGCCUUGAUCACUAAUAUGUUUUUGCAGGUGGAGACUAGCCAAUCUGUUAUCCGGAUCGUUGGCUUGAGUGCUACACUUCCGAACUACAUGGACGUUGCCGAGUUUCUGAGUGUUUCCCGAUACAAAGGCCUCUUCUAUUUCGACUCUUCCUUCCGGCCCGUACCUCUGGAGCAACAUUUCAUUGGUAUCAAGGGAAAAGCAGGCAGUUCUCAAUCGAAGAAAAACCUGGAAACCGUUACAUUCGACAAAGUGUCCGAACUCGUUCAGCAAGGACAUCAAGUCAUGGUGUUCGUCCACGCAAGGAAAGAGACCGUCAAAUCAGCUCAGGCACUGCGGGAGGCUGCACUUUUGAAGGGCAUCUCCGAUGACUUCAGUUGUGAGGACCAUCCGCAAUGGAGCCAGUUCCGUAAAAGCAUAGGGGAGUCGCGGAACAGAGAAAUGAAGGAGCUUUUUGACCAUGGGUUUGGAAUUCAUCACGCUGGGAUGUUGCGUUCAGAUCGAAACAUGAUGGAAAGGAUGUUUGAAGCCCGCGCAAUCAAAGUCCUGUGUUGUACAGCCACGCUUGCGUGGGGUGUCAAUUUGCCCGCGCACGCAGUCGUGAUCAAAGGAACACAAGUCUACGACAGUGCCAAAGGUUUAGUCCUGUGUUACAUUCGUGUGUUAUAUCAAACAAUGUUGGCAGGCGCUUUCGUCGACCUUUCCGUCCUGGAUGUGUUGCAAGUUUUCGGACGCGCAGGCCGUCCAGGACUCGAAUCCAGUGGCGAAGGCUACAUUUGUACUACAGAGGACAAACUCAAUCAUUAUCUCGAAGCUGUUACAUCUCAGAAUCCUAUUGAGUCCAAAUUCCGAGGCGGAAUGGUAGACUCUAUGAACGCUGAAAUAUCGCUUGGAACAGUCGCGAAUAUCUCGGAUGCCGUCAAGUGGCUGGGGUAUACCUACCUCUUUGUCAGAAUGCGCAAAAAUCCGCUCGUAUAUGGUGUUGUGCCCCAUGACGACGAUCCACAACUGGCCCUUCAAAAGACCGAGUUGGUGGAGAUUGCAGCCAAAAAAUUAGCGGACGUGAAAAUGAUAGAAUUCGAUCGCACAACCCAUCAACUCAAAGCGACGGACCUUGGCCGAAUCGCAUCCAAGUACUACAUUCGACACUCCUCGAUCGAAAUCUUCAACAAAAACUUUCGGCCAAAGAUGACCGAAGCGGACGUCCUAGCCAUGCUUAGUCUAAGCACUGAGUUUGAACAAAUCCAAGUUCGAGAGUCAGAAGCCACUGAACUCGAAAGAUUGGAGGAUAUCAUUCCCUGUGAUGUCAAGGGCGGGGCGACUACCAGUGAUGGAAAAGUCAAUAUACUCCUUCAAGGCUUUAUCUCGCGCCUACCCGUCGAAGAUUUUGCUUUGGUCUCUGAUAUGGCCUAUGCCGCCCAAAAUGGCGGCCGCAUUAUCAGAGCUCUGCUCGAGAUUGCCAUCAGUCGGAAGUGGGCCAGUGUAUCCGCCGCUCUCAUGGGCUUGAGCAAGGCCAUUGAAAAGCGGCUGUGGCCGUAUGAUCAACCUCUCAAACAAUUCGACCUUAAAGGCGACAUAUUCUACAAUCUUGAGCGGUGGGCUGACGAAUGGUCUCCUGCAGAGCUUGCCGAUGUUAGCGCUGCGGAGCUUGGGAAGCUCAUUCAUCUGAACGAAGGUCACGGUAAAGCCCUGUUGAAUGCUGCGAAACAAUUUCCCUCGACUCGUGUCUCUUACAAGUUGCGCCCACUUGGGCAUGAUGUCCUGAAAAUCGCCGUGACCAUCACACCUACCUUCACAUGGUCUAAGGUUCAUGGUAAUAGCGAACCAUUCUGGCUGUGGGUGGAAGAUCACGAAGGCGUGAACAUUCUGCAACUCCAUCAUCUUGUUUUCCGGUCCGACACCAAGGACAUCGCGGUCGAUUUCGUCAUCUCUAUACAAGACGGGCAGAAAUCACCUGCCCUUACGAUUAGAUGGGUCUCUGACCAUUGGAUGGGGGCCGAGAAUGAGACAUUGGUUUCUCUUGAUGGUAUCGUGAUGCCAUCGGUAUCGCACAGCCACACUGGGCGAUUAGAUUUGCCCUUUUUGGCAACAUCAGUUGUGCGGAACCAGGCCGUAGAACAAUCAAUCCUGCGUGGCCGUAUUCACAACUUCAACUCGAUUCAAACCCAAGCCUUUUGGACGCUCGCCAACACAUCAUGGAACUCACUGCUGUGUGCCCCAGGAAGCAGCGGCAAGUCGACAAUGAUGCGGAUCGUAGCAUGGCUAGAGGUCUCAAAAUCCCCUGAGGCAUGGGUUCUUGUUAUUGCUCCAACUAAAAGCGCAGUCGUUGAACUUCUCUCGGAGUUCCGUGUGGCUAGCCUCAGCGGUGUUGUCGUAGCCUCCACGACUUCGCUCACCAGGCCCCAAGGAAAGGCCAUCCACCUCAUCACCGCUGGAGACUUGCUUCGGGCCAUUUCUCAACGUGAUCCAAAGCUUCCUUUACGCGGACUGAACCUCGUUUUGUGCGAAAGCCUAGAGCAGCUUAAUCCCGCAUAUGAACUCGGUAUAUCACUCCUGCGACAUGCCGUGCAGGUCUGCCCGACUAGAUUUAUCGGGAUUUCCAACUCUCUUCGCGAUCCAACCGACAUGGCGACAUGGUUGAAGGUUGAUUCACCAGCACUGUUCAGCUUUAUGCCCGCAGACCGUGACCAAUCACUAGGGGUCUCGACUCUAACCUUCACGGUUCCACACUCGGCAGCGCUGUUCAAGGCUAUGGCCAAACCGGCAUAUACUGCGGUUGCCGCUGGCGAAUCCUCUAUUGUGUUUGUUCCCUCACGUGCGCAAUGUCAACCAAUAGCAUACGACCUCAUCACGCAAUGCGCCCUGGACCGCGAGACAGACAAAGGUUUCUUGCCUGAGACUGUUUCUCCAGAGCGUCUUGAGGAUUAUCUUGCUCGUUUCCGGGACUCCAGGCUGAUCGAUGUCGUUUCUCGUGGGAUAGGCUUCUUCCACGAGGGCAUUCAGCGCUCUGACCGCAAUCUCAUGCUCGAGCUCUAUGCUGAAGGCAUCAUCCGCGUCCUCGUCGUUCCGCGAGAUUCUUGCUGGACAUUGCCGGUCCGGGCCGGAGUUGUGGUGGUGAUGGGAACUCAAUACAUCCAUAUGUCGGCCGAAGGUGGCGACCGUCAAUUGCGUGACUAUGAGCUCGAAGAGAUGGUACGGAUGCAGAGUCGUGCUGUUCGGCAUGCUGGGAGUGGCCAUUUCCACUUGUUUUGUCAGGCCGAGGCCAAGGACACAUUUAUGCGGUUCCUCUCCGAUGGGCUCCCACUCGAGUCUUCGCUCAUUGGCUCGCCUGAACUGUUCUCUUGGUAUCAGUCGCGUGCGCAUCUGGAUAAGCAGCAGAUUGUUGACGCACUGUCGUUUACAUUCCUCGCUCACCGGAUUGUCAGCAACCCGACAUACUACGACUGUGUUGGCUCUUCCAGGGACGAGAACCUUUCACGACUGGUGGAUGAUCUAGUUUACAGCGCCACAUCUUCUGGGCCAUGA